CAGAUGUUUACGCGCCAAACAACAAUGGUUGCUCCCCAACGUUUCCAGAAAGCAUUCAUUUACACGUUUUUGGGAAGUGAUACUACCAGUUUUAACCUUUAAACUAAUAAAAUAUUGUAAAACGGAAUCUUCAAGUAUUUUAAACAAAAUGUCUUCGCCGUACUUUUGCAUCAAGGGGCCAUGAAUUGUGAAAUAGAACAUUGUGAGGCACAAAUGAUUCUGCCGCGCUAAUUGACUUGUGUGGUUUUUAUGAUUUAAUCCAAUUGAGUAAGAAUGAGUGUUGCAAAUAUGGCUGCGUCUACACCGCGACGAUCUUCGCGCCUUCCGCAUACACACACGCCAAAAAUGUCUGAAAGAAAAAAGGGGUUAUUUCAAGCCGAGUUGGAGACUUCGCGGGAGUCUUUGACGAAACACCGGAGGCUUCCUGUCGUUGAUAGUGAGAGCGACAGCGAGGACUGCGACCUGGGCAUCAUCAGCACCCUGGAUUCCAGUUCUGGAGAAGAAAAUGACCCGAGCGUGCCCAAGACACCGGAACGUAGCGUUUGGCGCGAAACAAGAAGUCAAGCACGAAAAUUGCUCAAGGAAAACAAUGAUCUAAAGAACUUCAUCAAAUCUCCCUUUACGUUGAAGAAAUAUCAGACGAGAUGCGUGGAUUCGAAAUGUUCCGGGUCACUUUCGACCCCGGCGACGCCGCAUCUCCAAAACCACCCUGGAACACCAUCAUCCACGCACUCCUGCACAAGUGUUCACACAACUUCGUCCACUUCAAGUCGAGCUCGAAAGAGUCUCGCAAGUCUCAUAGCAGAUACAGAAAGCUGCAGCAGCUCCCUAAAAGACCUUAACUUUGACACGGAUUCUGGCUCAGAUUCUAAAGAAAAUACUCCAACGAAAUCCAUUCGAAGGUCUAACAGAAAGCAGAAACUGACGCCCAAAUUCCAGAGCUUCAAAGGAGUAUUAAUGGAACAGAAGAAAAACAUGACACCAAUGAAAUCGGCUGUUGUUUGUUUAACAAAAAUGGAUAUGAGUACUAUGAUGUCACCAACGCAAAUGAUGAAGACCCCGAACAGCACCACUGAGGUGGUGGGGUCGCCUCCAAAAAUCCAUAAUAGAAGAUCGGUAGUGGAGAUAGCAGAGAGUCCUGAAUCAGCUUGCGAAAGCGAGAAAAGUCACAAAAGGCUUCGAAAUGACAGUAUGAGCGAGGGGCCUACCUGCAAACUGCCGCGCCUUGACGUUCCAAAAGCGAGGCUAUCGCUUUUCAACAGCGACAGGCUUAAAGAAAUAUUAUCAGCGAAGUCAUUCUAUGGUAAAAGCAAUCCUGAGCUGAACACGACUGUUGCAGCAAAGAUAUCGCACGCCAUCGAAGCAAGCGCGACGCACCCUCGCCGCCCUCUAACUCACACACAUUCAAACAAGCAGAAACGCAAGCCUGGUCAAAUUAACUUGGGUGUGAAGCACAGAAUACGAAAGCCCAAGCAUCACAAGAAGAAAGUCAGUAAACAUGUUAACGGAUCUUUCAAUUCCAGUGUUACAUUAAAUAAAAGCUCAGUUAGUAUGAACGAUGCGUCGAUGCUCAGUCAAAAUUCGUCACAAGAAUUGAAUGAAAAAGCAGAUCCGUUCCAAAGAGAAAAGCAAACAAUAGACGCAUUACUAAGUCAAUGGACAGAGGAAGAAGUACCAGAGUCCGAACUUAUUUAUACGAGGCGAGAAGAGAUCCCCUGCUUCAACAGCACUGUUAUAGAGGAAACUAACCAGAUAUUCCAACCCGUUACCGCUGUGCCCGUAACAGCCGACUUGCCGCAAGACGAGGCCGUUAUUGUAGAACUAGGCGCUCAAAAACAAAUGACAAGCAUAUCCCAUAGUGUGACUAACAUAUCCCAGAGCGUGACCGACAUAUCCCAGAGCGUGUCAAACACCCUGACGAACACGCAUAGUGUGACACUGACGUCUAAUGAGACGACAGCAUCGAACGUAACAGUCCAGGAUGUCGUGAUGGUAGAGCCUGAAGGUCAUGCAGCAGCUCAUGGUGAAGUUCCCAGUGCUGGGCAGUUUCAACCUGUUGAAGGUGGCUAUAUACUUGUAGAUGAGAAUGUUGUUGAAGGACAAGAAGAACUGCCUGAUUUAGAUGAAAUUGAACGCGAAUUGAAAAUGCUUGACGAGCAGAUAUUAAACAUGGCGAAAUCAAACAACAUAGACGCAGAGGCGGUUCUAAAGUCCACUGAAACAGUGUUCCCAGCUGAUUCCAAUGAAGUGACCCAGGCAGUCGAAGAGCCGUCGAAAACUGACAAGCCGCAGAAACUGUUCCCGAUAUUUAGCAAACCGAAUUCAGGAGCCAGCACUCCGACUAGCAAAGGAACAUCAGAAAAAUCCAAUAAGAAAAUAAUAAAGACUGGAAACGACCAAUACGUCAUAGACGCAGGACAAAAGAAAUUCGGCGCGACGCAGUGUGCCGAAUGCGGUACUAUUUAUCAGAUUGGUGAUCCACAAGACGAACACGAUCAUCUCGUUCACCACGACGCCACUGACGUGCUCAGAUUCAACGGUUGGAAGGAAGAAUGCGUAGUGGGAAGGUUCGGUACCGCGCGGUGUCUGCGCGUGCGCGGCGGCGAGCCCGGCUGGAGGAAAGUCGACUCUAUUCUCGACAGAGUAGUGCACCCAUACCUGGGCUACGAGGGCAAACUGCGGGGUGACCACUUGCACGCUUACACGGCUUUCCUUUACGUUGAUAAGAAGCAAAUAGUCGGAUGUUUAAUUGUGGAGCCAAAAACACGUGCGUAUAAGCUCGUAUCGAGUGAUCCAGACUGCUGCAGUGUAGAAAGCUACCCUGUCAAAUGCGGUGUAUCUCGUCUCUGGUGUCACGCGAACCACAGGCGGCGUGGCGUGGCGACGCAUUUGCUGGACUGCGCACGCGCAUCGUUCCUGUACGGGACCGCGUUAGUCCCACAGGAUCUCGCCUUCAGCGCUCCCACGCCCGCUGGGAAAGCCUUCGCCACUAAAUACUGCGGCACUGAAAACUUCUAUGUCUAUUUAGACUAGCAAAGCAAGAUAUUAUGAGACCUAAAUAGAGAGAAAUUAUUGUUCGACAAGACUUAAAAUAUGGCAAAGGAAUAACGGAGGACUUUAAUAUUCACAGAUGAUUAUGGAGAAAAUUUGGGUAAAAAUGUCCAACUUCGUCUAGAUAUAAAUGAUAAAUGCAACAUGUGAAUAUAUUGCCAAUGCUAAUUACUGCCAAUAUAUUAUACAGGGUCAUUUUGACAUUGCUUUAAUAAAUGAGGUCACAUAUUCGUCUUUCCCACGACUAACAUUGUGUCGAAAAUAAUACAUAAAUAACAAAUAUUUUCACAGAAAUCCUAGUUUUUUCUUGAUGAUUUUAUAAUUUAGUAUGAAUAUGGUGUUGUGUGAGUGGGUGUACUUCGGAGUGUUUGAUGUUGCCGCUAAGACGAAUUCUCUUAUAGUAACGAUAGUGGCUUAGGACGCCAAAAAUUAAAAUUACCGUUUAUUAACAUUUAUUUUGUUCGAAACUUACACUAUUUUAUUUAACAUCUACAGUUCGAGUAACUUAUUGUAAAAUAUAGGUAAUUUUUAAAAUAUGAGUAUGUGAUUUCAUUUAGUACCACAAUGUCAAAUUACCCUGUAUAUAGCUUGGUUGUCUGAAAAACAGUACUCAAAUGCCCAGGAAACCGGUUAGACAAAUCAAGCUAUAGUUGACCUACCUCUAAAGGGACUUAAAAACAAGUGUGUUGUGUGUGCUUGUGCAUUUUUAAUAAAAAGACUCAAUCGUGGUAAGACUGAUUAUUUGGAAGAAUUUUUUAAAGUGUGAUCUACUUGUGUUAAAAACUUAAACGCUCCAAGUACGUUUAAGGUAUGUGAAGACUUUGUUAAGUGAGUUAUUGUGCAUUCCUAUGAUUUUAAUUUGUCACAAAAUUAGUGUACUAAUUGCCAUUUUAUACGAUAAAUGUUUAUUUUUAUAACACUUGAAAUAUUAUUAGCUUAUGGUGUGAAUUCGUAAAUAUAAAAUUUAGAAUAUUUUUAACUUGCAUUAUAUGCAAAUGUUUUCAAUUUAUUUUUGAUACUAUACCUAUUUGAUACAAGUUUCAUAUUAUGGAAGUAAAAAUACUGUUUGUGUUGCUAUGAAUUGACAUAAAUAUGUUUAUAUAAAAAAAAGAAUAUGAUACAGUUUUUUACUUUUCGUAAAGCUAUAUUGAUAUCAAGCUCAACCUUGAGUAGGAUCUUGAGUAGACAUUACAGUCUUACUUAUAAACUUAUUUUAGCAAGAGGUGGUUAAGAAAUGCUUAUAUAGCUGUCAUAAACAUCACCGGUUUCCUAGUUUAAACCUUAUUAAGAGAAGAUGGUGGGUUUCGACUUACAGCUGAUCGAGUAAAUUUGUGUUUUAACUAAACAUACCUUUGCAAAAUUUUUAUAAGUAAGACUGCUUAAGUAUUGAAUAAUUUAAUAAACAACGCUUAAGUUAUUAUGGCAAGCUUGUAGGUGAUUCAGCGUUUUUCAAUAAACCAAACUGUGACUUAAGAUGUCAUUUGAGAUGUUGAUAUCUGUUAAUCAGAUAGUGAGAAUUUUAAGAUAGUGUACGUCAUUCGAAAGCCUCUGAGCUGAUAUCGCAUUUAAGAGCAGAACUAAGUUGCCACUAUUAAUAUGGUUAAUUGUUCGAAAUGAGAUAAGGUUAUAAAUUUGUGAUUUAAAAAGAAAUUGGGUCCAAUCAAAAUUCUUUCAUAUUAUGUUUUGUAUGUAUAAAGUGCCAAUGUAUUUUAUAUUUAAAAUAAUUGCCUCGAAUGUUGUUAGUUUUAAGCUAGGUCUUAAUUUUUAUAUUAGGACAUAAAAAAAAUGAAAUUCGUUUACGAGUUAAUUGUGUACUUUAAAACAUUAUUGUAGAUUAAGAUAUUGCAUUUUCUAGUUUGUUUUGAACAUAAUCCACUAAAUACCUCAAUAUUACGUCAAAUAAUAGACUUAGGACACUCUGGGCACAUUAUUCCAAUUUAUCUUUAAAAACAAGACAAACUACCUUGUGUAACUUCAAAGUAUUAAUAUCUAUAGUUUUCCGUAUAUAUAUUAUAUAGUAAUAUGUAUAUUACUCAUUUUUACAAAGUCAUUUCAAAAAGGUUUUGUCACACUACCAUUCUAUUAUAAAAUAUUUAAAUAUACCAAGACACGUAUUCACAGAUGUUACGCUAAAUACAACCCAAUCAUAAUGAAUUUAGUUCUUUAUGCUUUUGGUAUGACAGCUUUCGCACUGCCUAGGCAAGAGAACGCUAUGAUUGGCUAAUAUUGAUAUACGACCAGUGGCGUAGCUUGCCACAGAGGAGCCCUAUAUUAAAUUUGUUAGGGCCCUCCAGAGCCGUGUGAAUAUUUGAGCGCCCGUUUAGUUUAAUGUAGGUAUGGCACAAGGGGACCAGUAAAGCUCGGGAGCUCUAUAUUAUAGAUACGGCGAUAGCUACGCCCCUGGUUACGACCUUAGUUCAAUUAGUAGUCAGAUAAAGCUGAAUAAGGCUAAAAAAUAGCCGAUAGUGUGUUCGGCACACUGUGCGUCUUCAUAAUUGUUCGUAAAAACGGGUGUAAAGCUCCUUGACUAGCUUGUCGCGUGUUUUAUAGUGUCCAGAGUUUUUAUGAUAGUAGUCCGUAGACUUGGCUCUCUAGUUCCACAGGUCAGUUAACUCGCUCGUUACGCUUAUGUUUUAGUCUCCCUAGUUUAUAUUUGUGAAGAUUACCUCCAAUGUUGCAUUACAGCCGUGUCACUAGUCUAUGCCCCUACGACGCAUAGCAACGUUUUUCAGAUAUCCCUUAAAAUUGACCAUGUAUAACAAACUAAUCACGCCUUAUCCCCGAAGUGGUAGGCAGAGGUGCAAUUGGUGCACCCAUUUUUCACCGAUGUAUAACAACGUCCUGCAAAUAUUACAAUUGACGACGUAUAAUAACGUCUUGCAAUAAUCCUUUUAAGAGGUGUAUAAAUUCAUUCAAAUAUCCAAUCAGAAUGUUUUGGUCCUACGAACCGAAACACAAUUUUUUUUCAAUACCACUCGUAAACCUUCAUCUUGGAGGAAAUUUAGUUCCAAUAUAUUUGACUUGUAUAAUUUCGGUAUGUAUGUGAUAACAUACCUUCGUGUUUCGAAUUACGAGUUAAAUUACCUUUAUUAAAAAAUGUUUUAAACAUCUAAGUGCAUGUUUGUAAAUGUAUGAGCAAUAAUUUGUUAGUUGUAUUUUUUUUUUUGUUUAUUUUUGGACGUAUUUUGGAUGGAAUAUUUAAUAUUUGAAACAUUCUUGUCGAUAGAAAUAAUGAUUAAAGUUGUGUUUUCAAUUUUUAAAACUA